AUGGUUAAAUUCUUUCAACACACUUUUAGAUAUGAAUAUCCAUGGGAUAAUGUAACCUUGGCAUUUUGGAUGCGGUAUCCAAAUCCAUUUGCUUCUCAUGUUGAAAGCGUGGAUGUGAUUGAUAGAUAUGUUGAUCCAAAGAAAGGCAUAUUAAGAACCACAAGAUUGAUUUUGAAGCGUGGAGUUGUACCAAAAUGGGGAAGAGGGGUUACUUAUAUUCUCGAAGAAUCCAUGAUUAAUCCAAAAACUCAAACAAUGAUCACAUUAACAAAAAACAUAACACACGCUAGAGUUAUGCAAGUGGAAGAACGGCAAACUUUUCGAGUUGAUCCAAAUAAUCCUGAACACACUCAAGUCACAACUGAAGCUAGAGUUAUUAGUAAUUUUGGUUGGGGAUUGACCGAGCGAGUUGAAGGUUUUGGAAUUAAGAAAUUUUCAGAUAAUACUACAAAGGAAGAAUAUGAUGAUAAUAAUUAUUAUUGCUAUAAUUUUAAUGAAGAAUACGAUAGAAUAAAAUCUGAUUACGAGAGAGAUCAAUGGAUAAGAAUAAAGCAUAAAGAAAUUAAAGAAUAUUUAGAAGAUGUGGAGAGACUUAUUAUGGAAGAUUAUAAAAAUUUUUGUAGUUUUUCAUAA